CUUUUUUUUUUUUUUUUUUUUGUUGUCAUGGUUACAGAGCUGCGUCCAAAAUGGCGUCCUUGAUAGGGAAACAACUGUUUGAAACUAGUGGUCAGGGCCCGCCGCCUUCUAAAGAUUUUUUCCAACUUUUGAUUACCAGAAAUGAGGUCAUAUGGACAACAUGGACGAUUUCUUUGCGACGUGAAUGUAGAGGUGCUCCUCCAAAACAGCUGAAGACAGCUCAUCAUGAUUUUCUACAGGACAAAACACUUCAGUAUGACGUUGGCACUGUUUUUGGACAGAGGAUCCUAGAAUACACCCUGACACUGUGCCAGGGGAAUUAUGACUAUCUGGAACGCUUACCCGAUGACAUACUGCUCAGAAUCAUCUCCUUCCUAGAGCUCAAGAACACAAUAAUGUUGGCCCAGGUUUCCCAUAGAUUCAGAAUGCUCUGCAACUCUGAGAAGUUUUGGGAGCAGUUUGUGAGGAACCACUGUGCUGAUUUCACCUGUGACAUGGAGGGCAUAGCCAAUGCCAUGGGAUGGAGGAUGACCUAUUUUACAUUCUUCCACAAAAGUGGCACCAAAGAGUAGUAAAAAUGAAAAGCAAUGUUACUGUUUCUGUCAGCAGCUGUUUGUAUUCUUUUCAUUAAACAAUGUAAGUGCAAAAAUCCACAAAAACC